UAUUGCCCGAUUUAAAGUUUUCAACGCUCAUGAGUUUGCAUUUCAGUGUUUGAAUAAGAGGCGGUCUCCUCUUGUUACAGACUGAAUGCGCCGUUAUUAGUCGCGAUAUAAACGUCGAAGUGAUCGGACUCAUAUUUACUCAGUGACUUGCGUUUCAAACACCAUAUCGGCAUCGACACACGUGUGACGAUAAAUCAUUUUUCGCUAAGUUGCAAAAUUUAUUUAAGCGUUAUUCUCUACUGAGGGCUUAUAGAACUGAACAACUCUACGCUAAUAAAUAUUAAAGUAAAAAGUUAAAACUCGAUUUUUGAAUAUUUGAAUAAUUAAACAUUUCGGCUUUACCUUAUUAGCACAAUUCAAACAAUAGUCGCAAGUGAUUCAGAAAAUUCGUGUAAUAAAAUGAAGAAAUCUACUGGUAUCUACAGUAUACCUCGGUAUACGAAUUCAUUAAUAUUUGUGAUAUCAAUAAUAGUAGCUUUAUUCACACAAACAGCCGCAGAUGAACGAUUCACACAAAGCUCUAACCGAAGCGGGUUAACAGUAUCCACACAUGAUCUCACAAUUAUAGUAAAAAACACAAAAACAUUUGACGUUCUACUCAGGGAUCCAUUGGAACAAGACGUUUUUGUCCAAUUGGUAAAACAGCAUGAGACUUUAGUAGAAUUGGAUCCUAACUACUUCACAAUCAGUGCAUCGAAUCCACAAAAUAGAACAAUUAGCGUUCGAGGACUCCAACUUGGACACCUAGAAGUUACAGCGACGAGCGUACCGGACGAGUCCUGGAUUGUUGACGAUUUAUUUGUACGCAUUACUGUUGCAAAGUCGGAGCCGAUUAUUUACACAUCAAUCGUAUUCGGUUGGAUUUAUUUUGUGGCCUGGUCCAUUUCGUUCUACCCGCAGAUUUUCAUUAAUUUGAGACGAAAAUCUGUAGUUGGAUUAAAUUUUGAUUUUCUAGCGCUCAACAUUGUUGGAUUUACACUAUAUAGUGUUUUCAAUUGUGGCCUCUAUUGGGUACCCAGCAUACAGGAGGAAUAUGCCAGUCGACAUCCACGUGGUAUGAAUCCAGUUUUAUUGAAUGAUGUAGUAUUUGGUUUACAUGCGAUGUUUGCCACAGCCAUUACAAUUAUCCAGUGCUUUUUAUUUGAGCGCGCCGAACAAAGAGUCUCCAAAAUCGCGUCUGGUAUAUUAACCGCAAUCGCGAUAAUUGUUUUGGUUACAUUGAUUCUAGCCAUUACUGGUGUUGUGCAGUGGCUGGAUUUUCUAUACUACUGCAGUUACAUUAAAUUGGCAAUGAUCAUCAAAUAUGUGCCCCAGGCACUGAUGAACUAUCGCCGCAAGAGCACUACUGGCUGGAGUAUUGGUAAUAUUCUGUUGGAUUUCACUGGUGGUUUGCUCAGCAUGUUGCAGAUGAUCUUGAACGCGUACAAUUACAACGAUUGGGUGUCAAUUUUCGGUUCAGUGACGAAAUUCGGCAUGGGUCUAUUCUCCGUGCUCUUCGAUGUGUUGUUUAUUCUUCAACACUAUGUGUUUUACAGGCACUCCCAGCAGCUUUCCAUCUCUACGACUACUAACGCCACAGAAGUGGUUACUGACAAAGCUGACGAGCAGCCGCACUAUUAGUUUUACUUUUUAUGUUUUAUUAUUAUUGUUUUAGUUUUUGUUUUUAAUAUUUAUUUUGUUAAGGCUUGUUAAGCACUCAUGUAUAAAUGUGUAUACUCGCACACUUUUCUUGUACUUAAGAUUUAUAUAUGUAUGUAUGUGUGUACAAAUAAAAGUACACAAUUGAGUACUUUUAAGGACAUCCCGAAUUGUAAAUACACUUUUAUUUCAAACUUUCAAUUGAAAAUUAUUUUAUUACUUUUCAAGAAAUUCUGAGAGUUAACUUACUAGAAAUUCUAAACGAAAUCUAUAAAAAAAAUUCGUUUCCGGAAUUGGCUAGGUAUAAAUAAGAGUGGAACAACAAACCAAAGUACUCAUACUUUUAAUUUUGAACACCCGUUUUAAUAAAAUACUUAAUUCUUUGUUUAAAAGUA